AACACAACACAUCAUCUACCGAGUUUCAUCCUCCAACCCUUCCGACAUCCCUCCUUUUUGAAGUCUUCAGGACCUAGAGGUGCUGGGUUCCUGUCACUCACCAUGGAUCAAGGAGGUCAAGGUGACCUGAACUGGCGGCUCAGUGCCCAUCCAAUCACACUGCUUGUUUUCCUGACGAUUCGCAUCGGUGCCUUGCUGAUGUACCUCUUUGGGGUACUGUUUAUCAACAAUUUUGUCCUUGUCUUUAUUCUCACCUUAUUGCUUCUCUCCGCCGACUUUUACUACCUAAAGAACAUCGCUGGUCGUCGAUUGGUAGGCCUCAGGUGGUGGAAUGAAGUCAAUAUAUCCUCUGGUGACUCGCACUGGGUCUUUGAAUCCUCUGACCCCAAUGUCCGUACAAUCACAGCCACUGACAAGCGGUUCUUCUGGUUGAGCCUUUAUGUAACGCCAGCUUUGUGGGUUGGACUCGCUAUCCUGGCUAUCCUCAGACUUGUUGGUGUGAUCUGGCUGAGUUUGGUUGGUAUUGCUUUGGUCCUUACUAUCACAAAUACGGUGGCAUUCUCCCGCUGCGACAAGUUUAGCCAAGCCUCAACAUUUGCAAACCGGGCUUUGGGUGGAAGCAUCGUCAACAAUAUCGCCGGUGGUCUAUUGGGCAGGCUCUUUAGGUAA